CGCCUGCGCGUGAUCCCCGCGCGUCCUCUAGGACUUACCCAGAAGGCAGCGCUUCACUCUCAGGUCAAAAUGGCGGGUCGACCUGCUGUUGCAGUGUCAAGCAAGUGGCUGGAUGGUUUUCGAAAAUGGUAUUAUAAUGCUGCAGGAUUCAACAAGCUGGGGUUAAUGCGAGAUGAUACAAUAUACGAGACUGAUGAUGUGAAAGAAGCCAUAAGAAGGCUUCCUGAGAAUCUUUAUAAUGACAGAAUGUUUCGAAUUAAGAGAGCUCUGGACCUGACCAUGAGGCAUCAGAUCUUGCCUAAAGAACAGUGGACAAAAUAUGAGGAGGACAAAUUCUACCUUGAACCCUAUCUGAAAGAGGUUAUUCGGGAAAGAAAAGAGAAAGAAGAAUGGAUGAAGAAGUGAUCUUGUAGUAGAGAUCUGUGGAUGUGCCUGGUCUUAGCAUGUUUUUAUGAAGUUUCAACUUGAAUCACAAUUUAAGAAUUAUUUGCUCUGCAGAGGCCUCUCUUUAAAUAAAUGUCUGUUGUAAAACAUU